AUGCCUGCUUUACCAACGGGGUUUGGUAACUUCUUCAUGGACAGAAACAUCAGCAUGCCCGCUGGAUAUCAUUUAUUGGGCUGCCCGCCAGGAAUGCAGCAACCACCGCCUCAUCUUGUGGGAAUGGCUGGGGUUCCCUUACCCUUCUCAGGAAUACCGGGAUACAGUUUCAUCCCUUAUCCUCAUGCGGGACACCUUGCACACAUUUCAAAUUCCUAUGACCUCAAGGCUGCAUCUCCGUAUCACCCAGCUCUUCUCGGACGUGGAGGACCCUAUUACACCCCAUAUCGUCCCAUGCCAGCUGAUGACCCGAGUAGGGUCACCAAAGUGGCCACUAGAGAGAGCACCAGCGCUUUGAAGGUGUGGCUCAGCGAACACCUGAAAAACCCAUAUCCCACCAAAGGUGAGAAGAUCAUGCUCGCCAUCGUCACCAAGAUGAGUCUCACGCAGGUGUCCACGUGGUUCGCCAACGCCCGGCGCCGCCUGAAGAAGGAGAACCGGGUCAGCUGGGCCUCCAAAGGAAAAUCCGACGAUGAGGAUGAUGAUGGUGAGAGCGAAGAGGAGGGGUCUUUGAGAAAAGGCAGUGAUGAUGAAGAUGAAAUCGAUCCUCAAACGGUUGAGGAGGAGGAGGAUGUUGCGGGGUCAAAGUCGGUCGAGGACCGUUUAGCGGAAGGACUGGAUGAGCAAAAGGAAAGGGACAAGUCUGACACGUCGUUUGAGAGCAAAAAAGAGGUGUGUAAACAAAUCGUGGAAGUCCAGAAACCUAAAAUCUGGUCUCUCGCCGAAACCGCGACUUCAGAUAUCGUCAAGAAACCCAGCGAUCUGAAACAUCUCCACAUUCCAGGCAAGUGGUGGGCUGGGUGGCCUUCACGGGACACCUCACCCGUGAACCUCUCCACACAUGACCUUCUCAAACAAAGGCAAUGAAACCGUUCAUUGAAGACAUCUUAGACUGAAUUUUGCACUUUGUAAUCCAUUGGGAACGUUUUGUUGUGGAAGUUUGCAUCCAAGAUUGAAUCCAAUGCCUGGUUUAAAAACCAAAGGACUGUGUAAAUAAUGUACAGUUAUUUUGUUUAAAUUAUAAAUGCAUUUACCUGCUGACUUAUUUUUGCUAAAAUAAAACAUUUAAAUAUUGAAA